AUGAGAGAAAAGAUGAAGUUAUUCAGGCAGAGUCUGAUUAUUUUCACCUUAGUGUUUGUGUCAGCUCAAAGCAGAGACAGUCCACCCAAAAUAGAUUUAAAUGAGUUUUUUAAAAAUCCCAGUCCACAGUAUUUUGAAAGUAAUGAUGAAGUCAUUCUAGCUUGUACAGCAGAAGGACACCCAACACCUACGUAUGAAUGGUUUAGAGAUGGUCAAAAAAUUUCCAGCAAUUAUAUUGAUCAAGAUCCGAUCAGUGGAGAUCUUAGAAUUGCCAGCUUGACCAAGAGAGAGACAGGAGCCUUCAGAUGUCAUGCUUCCAACGAUAUCGGAGGCAAAAAAAUUGUAUCCUUGUCACCCAUAAUGGAGGUCAAACUUGCUUUUAUUGAUGGUUUUGACUCACCCCCUGAUUCAUUGGUUCCAAGAAUAACAGCUGAUGAAGGCCAGGCUGUCAAAUUAACGUGUGAUAAUGCCCCCGACAGUGCCCCAGAUGGUCAGUUUAAAUGGUACAAACAAGAUGAAAAUGGUGGAGAGGUUGUUCAAGACGAGAGAAUAGCUAUUGACCAAGAAGGAUCGUUACAUUUCGCCUACGUAACGAAGAACGAUGACUUGAAUAAUCAAGAAUAUAAAUGUGCCAUAUCUAACCGACGAUUGGACACAAUCAAACUGGGUAGUCCCAAAAUUUUAGAGGUUCAAAGAACAAGGCCCAUUCCCAACUCGGAGCCAGUAGCUGUCUAUGUUGGAACACCAGCACAAGGUAUUGUGGCAGGCAGUGUAGACUUGGAAUGUAUUUUCAGUGGAAACCCUGUACCAGAAGUCACAUGGACAGACAAUGAACAGAAACCAGUCUUUACGGGCGGUCGAUAUGAAUUUGUCAAUGAUCGUAAAAUUUUACGAAUCAACAAGUUGGAAGAACGUGACGAGGGAACAUAUACUUGUCGUGGAACAGGGUUUGCCGAGAAAUUUGAAGAAAAACAAAUUGCCUUGGAUGUUACAUCGAAACCCAUCUGGGUUCAAGGGUUAAAAUCUCAGACACUUCCUGCAAAUAGAGAUGCUGUUUUUACCUGCAACGCUCGCUCAGCUAAAGGUGAGCCAGACCUGGCAGCACCAAUAUGGUUAGAAAACGGUGCCAACAUUCCUGGAGAUAAAUUUGUUAGUAAGUAUGAAUAUGCCGAUGAUCAAAAAACUUUGAUCGUGAAAAAUGUCCAGAAACCCAACGACGUGACAUGUUUCCAAUGUAUUGUUAAAAAUGAUAUUGGUGAGGUAUUCGAUGAUGGAUGUUUAGAUGUAAUAGAUCCAAUUUUAAUCACCUACCGACCACCAGCAGUCCAAGAAAUCAUUAAAGAUCAAACUGUCAAUCUGACAAUUACUGCCACAACCGAUCCCUCUAUGACUCUACAAUAUAAAUGGUACUUCAAUAACGUGACCUAUCUGGAUGUACCUCCCUUUGUCACUUAUGAUCCUGUUACCAUGGUUACUUUUAUCGAUACCACAGACUUGAGUGAUGAAGACUACAGAAAGAUCAACGGAACGUACAUCCGUGAAGUUUUCCAUAAAUUUGAACGAGUGAACAUUACUAUGGAAGUCCUCCUGAAAGAAGUUGGAAUCGCUGGACCAGUAGCUGCUGCAGGAACAGAUCUAUGGUGGAUAGCUUUAGUUAUUGGUAUCUUGUUGUUGGUUUGUGUUAUUGCCAUCAUUUGUAUUGUUUGUAGAAGAAAGGCUCAGGAAGGUGUUUAUCCAUUGGAUAAGAAAGAGCGAGCCAAUGAUUGAUCCUGAGAUGACUAUGACGGGCCAGAGAAGAAAGGAGCUCCAUUAAAUUUCACUGAGGAGCCUUUAAGUUAUGAGGAUGACGACAGUUUAGGGGAAUAUGGUGAGGACGUGGGAAAAUUUAAUGAGGAUGGCUCAUUUAUCGGCAUUUACAUGGACAAAAAACAGCCGCCACCAGUAGCACCAAAGCCUGGCAAUGAAACUUCUAUUUAAGACUUAGGAAUGGAAAAAAGUAGAGUGCUAUAGACAAUAACAAAAAAAUUUGAACCAUGACGCUGCCUUGCUCAAUGAUUUAUUGUGCAUAGCUAUGGUGCUUGGCAACUUAUUGCAAAUUGCACAUGAAAUGACAAAAAUGUGCAAUUGUUGCAAAGUUCUUGAUUAAUUGAGUCCAAACCUUGAUGAGAUUUUGGGCUGCAUGAGUUAUAAUUCUAGAUACCUGAUUAAUAUGGCUCACAAUAUGCUAUACGAUUAAAAUUUGCAUUGUAUAAAAUGAUGUUAACUGAAAAAUCAUUCCUAAUUUGAGUUAAACUUUGAAGAUUAAGAUAUAGAUAAAAUCUCAUGCAAAUUUUAAUAUAAUUCGGAUAAAUUCAUGGAAAUUGAAAUAUUAUGUGAUGAAGUCUUAUGCAAAUUAAAAAACAAAGCCUGUCAAGUAUUAACUGUUUAUUUUUUGACGAAAUCUAUGAUACGAUACAACAACCUCAAUUUUCGUGUGAAUGAAAUUUUUAACAGUGUGAAUGAAUUCUAGAGUUGUGAAUUUCAUCAAUUUUUAAAAAAAAUUCAGAAUUGUCUAAAACUUAGUGUUGUGAUUUCAUUGAAGAUUUUAACACUCUUCAGAAUAUUUUGAUCUCAUGGAUCCAUUUUCAUGUAAUUUGGCAUCAUCUCUGCGUACUCUUUGCACCAUUUUGGCGCUUCAAAAAUUUUACAAAUAAAUUGAUUAAGAAAUUGAAAAUAUCUUUAACUGAUCUCAAAUAAAUCACGAAAUUCAGUGAAUAAAAUUGUAAGUGAUUCUGAAUAAUGAAUGUGACUGAAUAAACUGAAUAAAUGUGAAUGUGAAUAAUAUAUUUUUCUAUUAAAAAUCACAUUUGAAUAAUUCAUUUUAUUUCCAUAAGUUGAGCUCAUGCAUUUAUUAGGAGAUUGACCUUUUUUCUCAUAUUACUGUUUUUACUGAAAGGAAUAAUUUUUAUAGUUAUAUUCAUAUGGUGAUGAUUUAUUUUUUUGGUUGUGACUUGAGUGUGAGUGAACUAUCAUACUUUGUCAAGUCAUAUUGGAUCAGUGCUAUUCAUUUCCAUUCAUUUGUAGGCAAUUAUGUAUAUGUAUGAAUUCAUUAGCAAUAGGGAUUUGCAUUUUGAUUUUAAGAAACAUUUCCUUUUAGUAACAUUAUUCCAAAAUAAUUUUGAGCAUUUCAUAUCCUAAAUUAUGUUUGAGAAUUUCAAAUUAGAGAAUUUCAUGUUCAGAAUUAAUUAUUAUCUUUUUUUUCAAUUUUUCAGAAAUAGUUAUCUGAUUAGAAAACAUCCGUAAUUAAGGUUGUAUUUAAUUGGCAUUUGCAGUGACUUUUUUUAUAGAUGCUUUUAUUAGUGCAGAAAUUUGAAAAGAAAAAUUCAAGCUUUAAAAUUGCAUUGAAUUUUUUUUUUCAAAUUUGCUUAGCAUUUUUUUUUCAAAAUAUAAUUUUCUUUUUUUGUUUUGAAAAAAAAAGAAGAAAAAUUAGGUUAAAAUAUAGAAGAUAUAUAUAUCAUUGUUAGUUAAAAAUAGAUUUUUUGAAAACUUUAUGAACAUUUGUUGUAAAUAAAAUAUUACAUAUACAUGUAAAUAAAAUUCAUCUUUUUUUUAAUAUGUGAACCUCCAAAAUGGCUAAUAAAAUGCCCUCCGUGUAUAUAUACAUCAAAAUUUAUUUAUUUUUUGUUUAUUUUAUAUACACGUGCGAAAGGUGUUAGCCAAGGUGGUAAAAUUUUUCAUAUUUAUUCCUUAUUUUAUAUUUUAUGUUUUGAUUGCUUAAAGAUGAUGUGCCAGAUAGAAACGAUGCUUGUUUUAAGGUUGUAUCUCAGAAAGAAUACAAUGGGCUUAUUUUAUGUCAUGGGAUAGCUACUUUAAACUAGAUUUUUCAGGCCACUGAAGCAUCUUAAAAUAAUCAAUUACAUUUUUUCAUUUCAUUUUUAUUUAGUUUCAUUUGUGAAGUUCAUAAUCACAUUCCAUUUCAUUAUUUGAUUUCUAACUGAAAACAUUGCAUUCUGGUGAGAGAUAAAUAACCAAGGUUAUGGUGUGAUUGGUUACAAUGAGAGAUGCUGAUGACUGAUUUGACUUGUCACAGAAUUAAGAAACUUUCAGUGUAGUUUAAUUGUUUGAGUUGCUUUUAAGAAGGCGCCAUUGCAAUCUUUGUACAUUUCCAAGUACGAUUAGUGAAGAAUUUAAGCUUUUUUUUCUCUUUAACAUUGUCUCUUAUUAUGGAGGAAAAUUUGAAUUAUCAUUCCAUAAGUGUUUAGACUUUAUCAUUCCGAAAAAAUAAGGCAUAGUUUCAUGCUUUAUUUUUGAAAAUAAACGAAUGAUCACUUAAAACUACAUUCCUUGAAAGGAAUUCAGAAUUUCCAAUAUAAAGUUGGCAAAAAUUCAAACAAUUCAGUCCAUUUCAUGUUACCAUUAUUCAUCACUCAUUUAUGUAUAUAUUUAGCUUUUCAUAGAUGUUUUUUUUACAUUGUAAUAUUGAAAAUUUGGUCAUCUUAAGUAAAGAUAUAAUCCACAAAGUAAUAACAUUAUAAUUCAGUGUCAGUAUAUUUGAUUAUAUGUCUGUUUACUUGAUGAAAUGUCAAUAUACUUGAAAAAAUGUCAAUUUACUUGAAGAAAUGUAAAUAUACUUAAAAAAAAUGUCAAUUUACUUGAAGAAAUGUAAAUAUACUUAAAAAAAAUGUCAAUUUACUUGAUAAUACUUGAUGAUAUGUCAAUCAUACUUGAUGAUAUGACAAUCAUACUUGAUGAUAUGUCAAUCAUAUUUGAUUAUAUGUCAAUCAUACUUGAUUAUAUGUCAGUCAUACUUGAUUAUAUGUCAAUCAUACUUGAUUAUAUGUCAAUUGAUACAAAUCAUACUUGAUGAUAUGUCAAUCAUACUUGAUUAUGAUUAUAUCUCUCAUCAGAUUUGAAUGUUUCAAUGUAAAGAAAACUCUAGCCUUGCCACUAAUUUAGCUUUCGGAGGGAUCCUUUCACACGGAAUAUAAAAUUUGAUCUUUUUUAUAAUGUCCAGUUUCAGUUGACAAUAAAAAAUCUCCCUUCAAA